AUGUUACGAAGGCACGCGUGCUCCCUCUCUCCGCACCUACUGCUCGUGGUGGAGGCCGAGCUCGCCCGCAUCUACGACGACAUCCUCGCGUUGCUCGACUCCCGCCUCGUCCUAUCCGCCAGCGCCUCUGAGUCCAAGGUUAUCAACAUGGAAUUUGGCAUUGUUGAGGGCCUAAUGAUGACCGUCCAUGCAACAACAGAUGAUGUGGUCUUACUUGAUGAGGAUGAUGACGACGAAGAUGACACCUACAUUGACGAUGGAGUUGCACCAUUUGCGGUAGAAAGCAUAGAAGAUGAUUUCUUUGUUUAA